UUCCAAUUGUUCGUUCUCUCCCAUCAGCUCCGGAUCCCAAAUCCCAAUUCGACCAAAUUCUCCUUAGAUUAGACAUGGAAGUGCAUCAACAACAACACGAAGAGCACAAGCUCGAUAACUAUUAUGACUUGGUAAUCCUCGGCGCCUCUGGUUUUACAGGCAAAUACGUAGUACGGGAAGCUCUGAAAUUCCUCAACACCCCUUCAUCUCCCCUCAAAACCAUAGCCCUCGCUGGCCGGAAUCUUGGCAAAUUGGAUGAUGCUCUGAAAUGGGCAGCUCACCCGGCAUCGCCUCCUUCCAUUCCCCUCAUCAAAACCGACAUCUCCGAUCCUGCUUCGCUUCGAGAGCUUUGCAUCAAAACCAAGCUCGUCCUGAACUGCGUCGGCCCCUUUCGCCUUUACGGAGAGCCCGUCGUCUCUACUUGCGUCGAAAUGGGUUGCGAUUACCUGGACAUAUGUGGUGAGCCUGAAUUCAUGGAAAGAAUGGAGGUACUGUACCACGACAAGGCAGCGGAGAAGGGCUCCUUGGUGGUUUCCGCAUGUGGGUUUGAUUCGAUUCCGGCGGAACUGGGUUUGAUGUUCAAUUCUAGGCAGUGGGAACAACCGUCGAUACCGAACAGGGUUGAGGCAUAUGUGAGUUUAGAGUCGGACAUGAGGAUAGUUGGGAAUUUCGGGACCUUUGAGUCGGCCGUUUUGGGUGUAGCCAACAUGAAGCAGUUGCAGGAAUUGCGUAGGUCUAGACCUAGAAGAGCUAGGCCGGUGAUUCCUGGGCCCCCUCCUCCGAAUGGACCAACAAUAGAUCACCAGAAGACACUUGGCCUUUGGGCUGUUAAAUUACCAUCAGCAGACUCCAUUGUUGUACGAAGAACACUUGCAAUUUUAAAGGAUAAUCCACAUGGCCUUCCUGGGGUUGAUGAAACUGAGGAGCAGAUGGAGUAUAGAAAGAACUUCUGGUCAAAGGUGAAGCCAACCCAUUUUGGGGUGAAGAUAAGCUCCAAGUCUCUGUUGGGCGUUCUACGAUUUAUCACUGUUGGAAUCUCCAUCGGUCUCUUUGGAAGAACUGCUUUUGGGAGGUGGCUACUCUUAAAGUUUCCUUCUGUUUUCAGCCUUGGGUGGUUUAGGAAGAAGGGUCCGACUGAGGAAGAAGUUGAAAGUGCUACAUUCAAAAUGUGGUUCAUUGGACAUGGUUACAGUGAUGCUAGUCUUGCAUCACAGGGAAACAGAAAACCAGAUACAGAGAUAAUUACCAGAGUUAUGGGACCAGAAGUCGGAUACUUGACCACUCCUAUUAUCUUAAUUCAGUGCGCUCUUCUUGUAUUAAACAAGCGUAACGACAUGCCCAAAGGAGGUGUCUUCUCCCCUGGGAUUGUUUUUGGCCCAACUGAUCUCCAGGAACGACUACAGCGACAUGGGAUAUCCUUCGAUAUCAUAUCAAAGAAUGCUGUUCCUGUCUAGUCUCUACAAUCUUAACUAGAUGUUUCAUCUUUCAAGCAGUUUUAACAGUAAAUGGAAAGCCAAAGAGUUCUGAGUGUCCAGUUAUGAACUUCUGAUAGAGGCAGUGCAAUAAAUACAGGUUUAAAUUUAACCAU